AUGGUAGCCGAGCAACUGCGGCCAAGCAACGGUGGGCAAGCGAACUUCUCUCGCGAGAGCCUAGUCUACCUUGCGAAGCUCGGGGAGCAAGCUAAGCGUUAUGAUGAAAUGGUGGACAAAAUGAAGAAGGUUGCGAAGCCCAAUGUUGCAUUGACCGUAGAAGAGAGAAACCUACCACCUGUUGGGUAUAAAAAUGUUACUGGGGCUCGGAGGGCAUCCUGGAGGAUUCUGACAUCCAUAGAGCAAAAGAAAGAUGCAACGGGGAACGAGAUCAGCUUGAAGCGAAUCAAAGAUUGCAGUAAGAAGCUUGAAUCAGAGCUUUCUAGCAUCUGCAGUAUUAUCAUGGUUGUACUUGAGCAUGUCAUUCCUUCAGCAUCCGACGGUGAAUCCAAAGUUUUUUACUAUAAGAUGUGA